GAUUUCCGAGCACGUACGAACAUGGCCAGAAGGUAGAAACAAUGAUGAAUCCAAAAGACCCUAGUGAAAUUCAGAAUAAAUCUCUGAUUUUGUCAAGGUAUUUCGACCAGAGAGUUGGUUCAGAGGAGGUCUUUGCCUUCACGACGAAAGCCCAUAUAUUGCGUGAAUGUGUACAUAAUGCUAGCGCUGACAACUUCAGUGUAUUACAUGCUGGAAGUGUAUUCGCGGGAAACAGUGCGAGUGUGGCAGAUAAUGAUAUACUGUUAAUAGACAAUCUGGUUGAGGUUUUAUUGCCAGAACAACUUGUUUCUGAGGAGAUCAAACAUAAGACUGUCCUGUAUAUGAAGGAGUCUGAUUGUCCACCUGGGUAUAGACUGUUACAGCUUUGUCAACUUGGAAGGAAGUGUAGUCGCUGGUUGAAUGAUUCACUUGUUACUGUUGGAGACGCAGUGUUUGUAAGCAAUGAAAACUGUAAAAAGGUUUCCAUGGAAACAAUGGGAGCUGUUUCAAAACCAUUGUUGUCAAGUGGCUCUUUGGAUAUCAUAUUUUCUCUGAAGUGCAAUAGCUGGCCUAAAGAAGCCUAUGAAUUUACAACACGUACACGCCUGUUUGCAUGGCCUUCUCAACUAAUGGUUGACAAAAUUAUACACGAUGGUUGUGAACUUAUCCCAGUUGGAGACCAAUAUUCAAGGGAUAAUUCUUUACAGUGGAAGAUAUCAUUUGCAGCAGCAGAAAGGCAGAUAGUUUAUUCUCUCAACCACGUUCAACGGAAAGUCUUCAUUCUUCUUAAACAUCUCUUACAAGAAAUCGAGCGGACAUUGAAUGAUAAUGGUGUUUGUAAUGAUAUGCUGAACUCAUAUGUCAUGAAAACUGCCUUAUUUGUUGCAGGUGAAAACUCUCACCAAAACUUUUGGCAAGAGCAAAACUUAUUCUUUUGUUUUUGGUUUUGCUACAACAUAGUGCUGUCGUGGGUCAAGUCAGGUUACUGUCCAAACUUCUUCAUUCCAACCAAAAACAUUUUCAAUAGACCUAUCCAUGUGCAAAACCAACAGAAAUUAUUUCAUAUUCUGAAUGAUUUUCACCAGAGAAAAUGGAUGAGCCUGUCUGUUGUGAAAUUCUUCGGGCCAUCAGUCUUAGAGCAGCUGUCAAAUGAAAGAGUACAGAGUGUGUUGACUUCUCCUGAAACAACAGAAAACAUUGAGUGGCGGCGUGAUGUAGGUGUAAUGGAAUGUUUGAAAAUGGAUAUUACAGCAAAUAAAACUUCAAGAGCAGGGAUGCAGGCUUGUAAAGCGGCAGAUUUACUUCUAAGGACGGAGUCUGAUAGUGAUGAAAUGAUUGCCUACUACAAGACAUGCGUUACUCUGUCAAAUAUGGCCUUGAUUGUUUACACAGACCGCACACUGGCCACUGACAACAAGGCCAGAUACAAAAGUCUUAAAAAAUGCAAGCACUUGCUUUUGCCAAGAGCUUCUAUUGGCACAAGUCUUUUAUAUCUGGCAACGUUUCACUUCCAUUUGGGAACCUACUGGAAAGCACUAGAUAUUUGUAGACAAGUGAUAUCAAAUGGUUAUUUCGAUACUUCCCCUAUGAACACAAGGCAAUCAAGACGAUACAUAGAUGAAUUUUGCAAUAAAGGAUACACUUUGUACCACAAACUGAAGACCGGGUACACACCAGCUCUUCAAUUACAAGAACUUCUUUCUCUUCCUCAUCUACAGCCAGAGAUUUCAAAAUGCCCUGUUGGGAUGCAUAUACCACCACUACCUUAUGCAGCGUUUCUGUCCUUCUUGUGCUGCCAUGAGCUCGGAGACAUCAAAGGACGUGAUGGAGCUCUACGUGAAAUGAUAGUGGUAAAGUAUGAUGCGCAGCAAGGAGGACACAGACACUGGAUAGUGCACACACUCCUUGGCAUAUGUUAUCAAACUAUAGGAGACACCCGCAGGGCCGUCAGGGCAUAUAUGGACUCGCACGAUUCACCAGCAGCAUUGCAAGAGUUUAAUCCCGCUAGGGAGAGAAUAGAUGCACUGCGUAGUUCUGAUAUUGGAUAGAUUAAACCUCCGUUCACAUAUUAUCCAAAUAUGAAAAAACAAGAAAGGAAACAAUUAACUGUUUUCAUAAUGAUUGGCCUGGUAAACGGUCGUUUGGAACAGAAGUGUGUAAUCGACAAAAACGAUGGAUGCAUAAUCUUGUCAGUAGUUAAAUAUAUAUAAUAUAUACACUGAUAUCUGAU